AUGUUGAUUUGGGUCGCUCUCAGCACCUCACCUAUUCAAGUAGUGGCCGGAGGUUCGACAGUAGUCUCAAAUGCAGCUAUCAAUGUGUCCUCAUCGGAUCGAGAGGACUAUGUGGUCAAUGUGGUGGAGAAGCCUUAUUAUGGCUGGAUAGUCCUAGAUUCUUGGAAUUUGCGCGAACGACGAGUGGUAUAUGUCUCGGAUCGUGACGCAACCGCAUCAAGAGACUCAUUUUCAGUGGCAGCAUGCAUAUCUAACCAUACUUGCACACAACCGCAGAUUGUCGAUGUUACCUUGUCACAGAGGAAUGUUCAAAGUCCUCAACUUCUCCGAAACGAAAUCCUUCGUGUCAGCGCUGACAAAACCUUCAUAACUAACGCCCACCUGGAUACUGAGGAUCCCGAUACACCUGCCAGUGGAGUAUUCUUCUUAAUCUCUCGACCAUCAAAUGGAGUUGUAGUGAAUGCAAACGAUCUCUCCAAAGCUAUCUAUAACUUCUCACAGAAGGAUGUAGACGACUCUUCAGUGCUAUUUAUGCGGCAUUCUAAUGUACGACAAAAGGAAUGGACCAGGAAGGAUUCUUUUCAUUUUGUGCUGCAGAAAAACGGCUCGGAUAAGCCGAUUGAAGACGAGUUUAGAUUCCGGAUUUCCACCACCUAUGCUGCACUCCAGGAUCCUACGGAGUUGUAUGUGAAGACAUCACCACUAAAAACAUCUAAAGGCGGAUCUGUAGCUUUGACAGCUACUCACCUUGAAGCCAGUGGUCUGGCUUCGGCCGCAUCGGAUGAGAACCUUAUUCUGGAAGUUUCUACACCGCCGCGGCAUGGUGUGCUAGAAUUUCUCGAUGGUGUUGCUAGCCAGUUGACCUGGUCAGAUUUUCAAUCUGAAACAAAACUGAUUUAUAGGCAUGGAGGUGAGGAAUCGCGCGACGACUCGGUAACUCUCUUUAUUUAUCCUGCAAGUGAGAAAACGAGAAGAUCCAGUCGGUUGCGGAUCACUUUACCCAUUCAAAUUACUACACUAAGAGAUCCACUGGUGCAGGUAAUAGCACCUUUUAGGGUUUAAAG